UUUGAUGGUCAAACUCAAAAGUCAAGAUUUUUCCUUUUUUCUUCUCAUUUUUUUUUAAAAAAACUCAGCUUUUACUAAGUUAGGUAUGUGUUGAUUCUGGGUUUGAUUUAGUUCUCCAAUGAAAAGCCUCCGCAGAUAACAAAGAAAAUGGGCACAUCAGCAGGCGGAGGAGGAAAGAUCAUGCCGACACGGAGAGCACUCAGCGCCAUUAACAAGAACAUCACUGAACCUCCCCCGUCUUACCCUUAUGCUCUCAACAACAAGAGAUCACUUUCUUCUGAAAGGAAUGUUAUCUGUAACAAACCACCUCUGCGCCGACCAGUUACUAGGAAGUUUGCUGAUAAUAAGCCACAAAUCCAGGAAGAGGAAACUAAGAAAUCAAACUCAGCUCCAAGUGAAGAAGCAGAGAGGGUCGACAUCGGUGUGGAUAAUAAUAGUGGUAAGGACAGAGGAGACGACUGUAUUGAGCCAAUGUUUAUACAACACACUGAAACAAUGAUAGAGGAAACUUACCAGAUGGAAAAUGAGGAGGAGAUUAAAGUGGAAGAUGCAGAUAAAGAAGCAGAGCAAGUGGUUUACAUUGACGCUUGUGAUGAGAAGAAUUCUUUAGCCGUAGUUGAAUAUAUCGAUGAUAUAUACGACUUUCACAAGAAAUCUGAGGAACUUUGAUAGAGAGCGGAAGCUAUAGGUUUCGAAGAUCAAGGGUUUGAUCUUAAAACCGGUUACUUGUGUUCGAAGUCAGCAAGAUCUUAAUGAGAGGAUGAGAGGAAUCCUCAUUGACUGGUUGAUUGAUGUGCACGACAAGUUUGAACUGAUGGAGGAAACCCUUUUAUCUCACAAUCAAUGUCAUCGAUAGAUUCCUUGCUGUUCAUCAAAUCGUUAGGAAAAAGCUCCAGCUCGUUGGUGUGACCGCUUUGUUGCUAGCUUGUAAAUACGAGGAAGUCUCAGUUCCAGUAGUAGAUGAUCUCAUCUUGAUCUCUGAUAAAGCUUACACUAGAAGAGAAGUAUUGGAUAUGGAGAAGCUAAUAGCCAACACCUUGCAGUUCAAUUUCUCAUUGCCUACUCCGUAUGUGUUCAUGAAAAGGUUUCUCAAAGCUUCCCAAUCUGACAAAAAGGUUGAGGUUUUAUCGUUUUUUAUCAUCGAGCUUUGCCUCGUCGAGUACGAGAUGCUGGAGUAUACUCCAUCUAAGCUAGCAGCCUCGGCAAUCUACACUGCUCAGUAAUUAGAACAAAAAGGAAACAAAAGCCCAAAUCGAAAAAGGAAACAGCUUCUGUAAGCUAGCAGCCUCGGCAAUCUACACUGCUCAGUGUACACUUAAAGGUUUUCAGGAAUGGGGCAAAACCUGUGAGUUUCACACAGGCUACAAGGAAGAACAGCUUCUAGCAUGUGCAAGAAAGAUGGUUGGUUUCCAUCACAAGGCAGGAACAGGGAAGCUAACAGGAGUUCACAGGAAGUACAACACAUCAAAGUUCUCUUAUGCUGCAAGAACCAAACCAGCUGGAUUUCUACUUUAAUGGAGGAAAAACUAUAGCAAUAAGAUCGAAUGACAAAACAUAAUGAAUUUACUCAAGUUUUUUGGAAACAAAAAAGAGUUCAAAAGAAGAAAAACAGCAGCGAUCUUUCUUUACUCAAGAGAGAAUAAAAAAGAUACAAUGGUUCUUUUUAUAUGGUGCUUUAUAUUCUUUCUACUUGUGAAUCAAAUCACCUUUAAACUUACACUAGAUUUUGAUCCGCGCUUUCAAAGCACGGGAUUAUUUUGUUUACAAAACUUGGUUUAUUAUAAACUAUAAUUUAUAUAUAAGUGUAUAUUUUAAGUUUUAUAUAAUUUUAUUUAAAUAAGCA